AUCUCUCAAUCCUUGUGCAACUAUCGCUUUUGAAAAUUUGUAUCAUACACACACACAUGCAAUAUCAAAAAUGUAGGCGGCAGGUAUUAUUUUUGUAUAUGAGUUAUGAUCGUCGCAUCCUCCGCUAAGCGUCUUUGACAACAGGAAUUAAUAAUGCAUUAUUUGCAAAUGGAAUAGCUAAAUGUAAUAUACUCUGUGGUUUGAAGACGACAGGAACUUGAAGUCAUCUUACAUUAUGCCAUACUAAUGUUAAAAUGAAUGUUUAAGAAAGAAUACGAUAAAAUAAAUUAAAUGCAUCACUGCAAUCAACGGACCAGAGUUGUGUAUUACGUUCAGUCUCGUAUGGCAGUGGAGGACAUAAAAAAAUAACACGACAUGCUUUGAUACAUCGUUCGAGUUUUUUGCAUAUGGAAUGUGCGUCCCCAAAGAAGUAUGAAAAAGUUGACAGUUUUUUGAAGAGGUAUCUGCCACAAUCUCGUUACACAGGAGUUCGUCUGAUUGAGCCGUGUGUCGCUGUGUCCGACGUAUACAACAAGCAGUUUAAGUUUGUUGUGUUAGCAGACGAAUGGCUGUAUGUUACUGAGAACCCACCGAAGACCGCUAAGGAUAUACAAGAGGUCACAAGGAUUGUGGACAUAAUUUCAGUCGAACUAAUCAAUGAUGUUCCCGAAUUCCUGGGUGGAGAUUUGAAAUACAAGACUCAUCAUAUUUUAGUGACUUACAAGAAGGUUUUAGAAUCAAACGUUACAACUCAACUCAGCACUAAGUCGUCGUCAAUUUCGAUGUCAAAAAGCCUUCAAGAUAAUGAGUUCAGAAACCUUUCCAAAAAAUCUACCUCGUUCGAUAAGAAAGGUAAUGAUGGUGAAAAUGCUACGCCCUCUGGUCGGAUAUCGAGAAAAAUUAAACAAAACUUGUCAAAGAGUUUACAAGAAAAUGAUUUAAAGCACUCCACGCAUAAAUCCAAUCGCCUAGGUGAAUCAGAUUCCAGCCCAGGAAUGCAAGGCAACUUGUCAAGAAGUCUACCAGAAAAUGAAUUACAACAAGAACUUGAAGAAGAAUAUUUGUUUGGUCAAGACAAAUCAAAGAAUCCCAAACACAAUAUGUCACCAAUUUUAUCGUUACAGAAAGGUCGAGUGAAAAAGAAGAGCAGAAAUUCAUUGCAUGAGGAUGAUAUCAACGAUAGAACUCGGGUAGAACAAAAUAUAUUAUUACCAAGAGCUGGAACUUUGCAAAAGACCUCCGGACAAAAAUCUAAUACUUCUAAUAAGCUAAGUUUAUCUGGUCCAAACUCGGCGCUGUCCGAUGAGGGCAAUCAUCAAAUUGACAGACAAUAUGAAAACUUUGAAUCAAACCUUCUACCAUUACACCAUUCGUUUUCAACUAUAGAUGAUUUCAAACAUAAAAAUAGCCCGACCAGAUUGACUGUCAGCGCAAGCGCCGUAGAUCUACGAGCAAUGAAAGUAAAAUUCGACUCCUCAGUUAAUUCUGGCUCAGAGCCAAACUUGACUUCUACACAAAAAAGAAGUUUAUUCAGUUGGUUUAAAGGACGAAGUGGUUCCAAGAAUGCGGGGUUGGACAAGAGUUCCGGACAGUUUUCUGGUGAUUUUGAUGAGAGCUUGGUAGAAGAGGGUUCAUCAGAAAUCAAUCUCUAUAUGACACUGGAUGAUAGUGUGAUGCUAGCGUAUCUUCGUAGUACUUGGGAGAACUGCUUAUUAAAUUCAUCUGUAAAGUUUGCGAAAGAAGAAAGAUCGCCCAAAACUGUUGUUAAAAACAAGCCGAACAGUUCAACGGUCACAGCACUAUUUGAUCAAAUAGAAAAAGAAAUAUUGAAUUCUGAAGAUUUUCAAGCAACGUUCGAAUUGGUUCAUGAAUUACAUACAGCGUGUCAAAAAGAUGUCCUGGUUAAAAAGUUAUUUUGGCAGUCCCCAGAUUUGUAUGUUUUCUUGGUCAAAAAUAUCAACGACUGUAUCAAGAAAAAUCACGAUGUUGAUGAGCCAAUGAGAAGAAACAGAGCUGAUGAACUGGAAUUUGUUCUUCUCCUUAUCGAGUGUUUAACUGAGAUGUUCAGGGAAACAGAACUCCUUGCAUCGCGCAUGAUUCGUCUGAAAAGCAAGAAAUACUCCGUGGUACGUGAUCUUAUCCUUGCAAGUAUUACGUCCCCUGAGUUAACUAAGACCUCGUCAGUCGUUGAAACGCCUGACAUAUCUGAGGCAGCUGAGGUGUUGUUGACAGGCAAGCUUCGAAAAAAAAAGGAGACGAAGGAAAAAUCUUCGCAAGAUACUGAGCUUGAAAAUAUUUCUAAUGAGCUGGUGAAACACCAAAUUGCAUUGUUACAUGAACUGUUUAUCGUUGCUUAUCAGGCCGUAUGGUUUCCAUCUGAUGAUAGAACUUUAAGUAUAUCCUGGAUAAUAAAAAUCGUAGAAUCCUCGACAACCACGAAAAGAUUUCUACAGGCCUAUAUUCAACAAGUGAUGGAGAUUGUAAAGAAGGCUGAAGACGACUACCUGACGUCAGAUGAUACAAGAUCAUUAUACACAUUGUUCUCUGUUCUCAAAACUCUCCUGCAACAUAGUAUAAAACUACGUAAACACAUUCAUGAAUAUUACACUGAAGAAUUCAGGUACUACAUCAAACCACACUCAAUUUCAAAUUCCCUUCCGGAAGACUGUCCACUUACAUCAUCUACAAGAAAAUUGGUUGACGACGUCAUUGAUCUCGUGACAGAUCUUCCUAUGGACAACCGACGUCCACCAAGAUGACGUCAUGCAACGCAAUAAUGUCGCAUUUUUUGUAGAUAACUUCAAAUAUGGCUGUAUUGACACUAUGGCAUUAUCCCUCUUUCCUCCGCCAUUUUGAAAUGACACAAGGAAACUCUCAGUAAUAAAGAUGUAUAUAAUUAUCUGUAAAUACGGACACUAAAGAACUGACAGAAACACUUUCAGUGAAAUGUUCUUUUAAACUUUUUGAUAGGUACAGAAUUGACGUUGAACGAGACUGUUUAAGUCUAGUCAUUAAGUCUAUAAAUUAGUCGUUCCUUGGUACCAAUGCAAAGAGGCCUAAGGACUUUUCGAGUGUGGCGUUAGCCAGCAUGGCAGCAGCAUCAUGUAUUCAUGCUCACUGACUGUAAAAAAAUUUUCAAAAGAAAUUAAUAAUAUAGAAUAUGAAUACAUGAAUAUAUCCCUCCUCCACUAACGCGCUGGCAACGCCACUGUUGGGAAGGAGGUUGAAUUCAAAGCAGUUGCCAGCCCUUCUAUCAUGCCCAAAUAGCGAGACGAAUGUUUAAAACACGCAUAAUGAUGUAAACACGCAUAAUGAUGUAUAUUCGAAACGCAUCUACUUUAUCGCAUCUACCCCUAGGUUAUUAAAUGCAUUAGAGUUCAUCGAUUAGUAACAGAUCAGAAAGAUAGAUCAGAAUCAAAGGUUAACUUUGGUUUACUACUUUACUCAGAUUGGACUACGAUACAAAGGAAUUUAAAGAAUUCUUACAUGACUUCUUACAUGAAUUCUUACA